CGUAUAUUUAUUGAUUUAUGCUAUUGCUAGCUCAGCUAAGUUAAAGCAUACACUCUCUCAAGUUCCCCUUUCUCACUCUUCUCAUUUAUACACUCCUUUCCCUCCCUUCGCAAGCCUAACAGCUCCACCAAACCAAAAAGAAACAAUGCUCGCUCACCGUUUCGCGGCGGCCGCCGCCUUCUCUCUCAUCGCGGCUAUCAUUUUUUCCACACCAUUUUCUACAGUGUCAGCUCAAGCGCCUUCUCCUGCUCCGUUUUUAUCACCUGAACCUUUGAAGCCGUUAGGGCCAUUGGCGCCGACACCAGCAACGACAACAAACGACUGUAUUACGCCGUUGCUUAACAUGUCGGAUUGCUUGAGUUAUGUGCAGGAACCGAGCACGGCGAAAGUUCCGGACAAGAAUUGCUGCCCGGAAUUGGCUGGAUUGGUGGAUAGUAAUCCUAUAUGUUUGUGUCAGUUGCUAGGGAAUAGUAGCUUGACGGAGUCUUUUGGUAUAAAGAUUAAUAUUAACAGAGCUCUGAAGCUUCCUUCUGUUUGUGGUGUUGAAACUCCUCCGGUUAGCACGUGCGCAGCCGUCGGAUAUCCGGUACCAGGUCCAACAGCAAGUGCGCCAGGUGUUCAGCCACCAGAAGGCAUUGCCGGCAUUCCAUCAGCUGGAAACAAUGACAAUAGAGCUACAAAUAUUCCAGGUGUUCAGCCACCAGAAGGCAUAGCCAGCAUUCCAUCAGUUGGAAACAAUGACAAUGGAGCUACAAAAAUUGCAGGGUCAGCUAAAGAAUUCCUUAUUGGCUUGGCAUUUUCAUUUCUUCUAACAUUCUUUUGAGGUUUGAUUGAUGACUUCUUUGGGUUUCUUCUCCAUUAUUGAAAUGUUGUAACCAGAUAUGGUAUUUAUGGUAGCAUGAAUAAUUUAUAUGUUGGAGAUGUUAUAUUUAGUUUAUCUAAAAUGUAUCAUUAUUCUUUCGAAACAGAAUCUUAAUUUAAAUCUUCUAGUCUUUUCUAUAA